AUUUGUUUGUGUGUUGGAGCAGCCUGAUGAGGGUGGAAAACUAAAGCAGACUUACAAACCAAGAGCAAAAUAUUAAGAAUGAGAUUGAUUAACUACUGGAAAAACUUUUCUAAGGAUGUCAUGGGUUUUUCAUUAUACUGUGUUGCCCUGUCGAUAUGAGUUACUUGUGCAAAGUAUAUGCUACAGGUCCAGCAGGAGUUCUGUGUAUCGUUAGAAACGAUUGUCCAAUUGAUGAGACUUUGUUGUAAUGAUCCCUCUUGACGAUAAAAAAACUCAAAAGCCUGUGACAGCCAUUGAGUCUGGUUGUUUGUGAUUCGAUAGAGCAACAGACUGCGAUCCCCUAAGUGGUAGAUUUGAAACUGACAACGAUUUUCAUAAAGGGGACUACCAAAUUGCAGAGACACAUUCCACAGAAGUGUACGCGCUGCCAAUCCGGCAGCCAAUAUAAAGUGCCACGAUGAAUUAGCAAGCUCAGAAAGAAUUAACCCAUCAAUAAAAUGACAGACAGACUUGGUACAUUUCAAAGCAGCUGGUCAGAUCUCAUGGAAUUUCUUGGCUGCUACAUGUUCAGUUAGAGAGAAUGAAAUAGUGGGGAAGAGCCCAUGAUUACCUUGUAGUGUUUCACUGGAUGCCUAAGAAGAGCAGAUGGGGACAGUGAUCAAGUGGAUAAGUCUGUCACUGGGUUUGAAAAGUCUGGCUCUCUGUGUCACUGCAACCCGGUGACAUCCUGCUUUCUGUGAGGCACCAAGGGAGGGGACUGCAGCGCUGGACCUCCUGUAAAAACAGCAAAAACAGGAGUGGCGGGAAGUGUCACGUGUGAGGAAUGUGUGGAAUGAGGGGACAACUGAAAAGCCAAUGUCAGGACACCAUAUGAUCCCUGAUAUCCCUGGGGAGGAUUACUUCGUGGAGGGCUGUGAAGAGCUGUGUGCCCCUUGAGACCUGCCAGAUGGAGCUGCUGAAGGGAUUGCCAUGGCGCCGUGCAUUCCUGGCUGUCAUCCUGAACCUCCUGGCUCUCAGCCUCUCCACCACUGCCUUGCUCAGCAGUUACUGGUGCACCGGGACCCAGAAAGUGCCCAAGCCUUUUUGUGGGAAGAGCAAGGCCACCAAGUGCAUCGGUGUCCCUAUGCCAGCUGACGCAGGUGCUGGCAAUGUCUCGUCCCAGGAUGUGGUGCACUACAGCUGGGAGACCGGAGAUGACCGCUUUGCCUUCAGAUACUUCCACACGGGAAUGUGGCUUUCCUGUGAAGAGAGCAUGGAAGGGCCAGAAGAGAAAUGCCGUAGCUUUAUUGAGCUUUCACCACCAGCAGAGAGAGGAAGUCUCUGGUUCCUGGCAGGAAUCCUGUGGCUGUCACUGGGAUCAGAGAUGCUAUAUAUCAGCUUACUGCUCAUCAGCUUCAUCCUCCUGAUGGUGGAAGUGCUGCAUACUGGCAAUCCUGUCUGUGGGUUGAAGCUCAAUGCCUUUGCUGCUGUCUCCUCGGUGCUCUCAGGUCUCCUUGGGAUGGUGGCGCACAUGAUGUACACUCAAGUCUUCCAGGCAACAGUUAAUCUGGGGCCAGAGGACUGGAGACCGCACUCUUGGGACUAUGGCUGGGCAUUCUACAUGGCCUGGGCCUCCUUCACCUGCUGCAUGUCCUCUGCUGUCACCACUCUCAACACGUACACCAAGACAGUGCUGGAAUUCAAAAGGAACCACAUCAAGGGCUAUGAUGGAUGCUUCAAGGAUCAGCCUCAGCAUCACCAGUGCUUCAUACAGCAGCAAAUAAGCAGCUACUACGAGCCCCAAGGCAAGCCCCUCCGUUCAGUCUCUGAGGGAGUCAACUUCUACUCUGAGCUGCAGCAGAAAGUGCUACAGCAGGAACCAGAGCUGGAGCUGGAUGAGGUUCUGGGACAGAUGAUCGGGGAGGAUCGCUGUUAGGGAUGAGUGCACAGGGGCACAGCAGUGGCGUUUGGGAGACGCAAGAGCUUGGAACCAAACACUAGCACCACUGUUAGCAAGUUCUUGGAGAGCUCUUGCUUCCUCUGUGGUUUGAGGAGCGAGAAGGUGGGCAGUGAUGCAGAGCAACUGCAGUGCAACAGUAGCAGGGUGGGUCCUCCCUGAUCACCAUUUGAUGGGUGUCCUCAGCUGGGAAGGGUGAAACAGGAGGGAUGUGGUUUUGAUGCCAGCUGUCUCCAAGCUCUUUGAGAGCUGAAGCAGACAUCCUAAUCCCAACAGUAUUUGACCUGGAAACAGAUAGACAGUGCCAACCAGAUGGCAAAUUGCAGUGCUGGCCCUCCUUGGGUGGUGUCACAUUGACCUUCCAACAACCCCCUUGGUUCAGUGCUAUGGUGAAGGGCAUCGGUGCUCAUAUUGAUUGGCUGUAAUCCUCCCUGAACACCCUACCUGUUCUUCAUUUGCAGGCCAAACCUCCUCCCUGCCCUCAGAUUAAAAAUACUGCUACAGUAGGAAUGGGGUGGUUGCUUUCAGCCACCUUGUCCUCUUUCCUAUCUGUAAUGACUCCCACAUGCUCCCUUCUUGCUUUCUUCUUCCAACAUCUCCCAUUCUGGGGUACCUUCCUGUCUGUCUGCCUCUACUGUGCUUCUCCACAGCCUUUAAGAAUCCUUGGCCAGGCUUUUGCUGUUUUAUUUUGUUUCUCUCGAUCUGUCUCACUUUCCCCAUUGUAAAAAUAUCACAGAUAACCCCCAAAUCAAGUAAAACUCCUGUCUCUCAAAGAUGAAACACUGUUUCACACGGACAUAUGAUGCUGUACACAGUAUUUAUUUGCUCCACUGCAGUUCACAGUUCAAAUACAUUUUCCCAACAAUA